UAAGGCCAAUGAGGUUUUCAACAGCAGUAACACAUUCAAUUAAAAUAGACAGGCCCACUCAUUUAUUUCGUUUUCGUUCUUUGUUGUUUUCAUAGUUAUACCAACACAUCUAUGUAUUUUAAGCAGUUAUUCGGUUCAAGUGAACAUCAUUUAGCAUUUACCACUCCCCGAGUUGACAACCUGAAAUGAAAAUGAAACUUUCUAUUUUUCAAAAAAAGCUGACUGGUCCAGUCAGAAGGCUUCCGAUGCGACCAAGAUGGAUGACUAUCCAUAUCGUGUUUUAGUAGAAGGUGAAUGGUCACCUAGCCACUGUAAAGUGCUUCGGCAAAAACUUCAAAUAUACUUUCGAAGUAAGAAGAAAUAUGGUGGGGGUGACUGUGUCGUGGAAUAUGAAGAUAAAGCAAACUCAGCUACUAUUGGAUUUAAACAAGAAGAGGUCCUAGAGCGGGUUCUUCUCCACACGCAACAUGAAAUCACCAUUGGCAACGAGCAGAUUAAGCUAUACCUCACCACGGAGAGGAAAUUGGAGGCAAAAGGCGUGCCACCUGUUGACAACCAAUCUGCUGAUGGAAAGAAAACUCAAUCCCAGUCUCAAGAUCCUCAACAUGAAGAUCCCAGUGCCUCUGGUUCUAUUGAAGUUCAGGAGGAGAGAGUUGAAGACACCUAUCGGCCCAACGCUGUUGUUGUGGAGAACAUCGCUGAAGAUAUGACCAGGGACCAUCUUGGACUGAUAGUGGAGAACAUCACUGGUAUUUCUGAGGAUGACUACAGUAUGGAGCUGAUCUAUGAGUCUUGUGUUGCUGUUGUAACAUUCACUAACCCUGAUGAUGUGAAGAAAUUUCAGACCAAAGCCAAGCUCAGCAAAAAGUUUCAGCAUUACAAUCUGACUGCCCGUGACCUGGAAAGAACCUGCUGUUUGAGGAUGGAAGGUCUGCCACCUCAGGUUGAAGAAGAUCUACUGGGUCUCUACUGUGAGAAAUUUAGAGUUGAAGUACAGAGUGUCGCUAUGAAACCCGAAGAAAACGCUGCUGUUGUCACAUUCCAAAAGCCAGAAGAUGUUGUGACCAUGUUGAACACACAGCACAAGAUCUGCAAAGUUGAGGUCAGCAUGCAUCCAUACUACAAGUCACUAGGUACAGCACUGUAUGGUAAAGACAGACCAAGAUGGAAGAUUCCGGACUCUUUCCCUGUAAGCAUCCACCCAGCACUGUAUGGAUUUCUCGUGAAGAAGCAGCUCCGAUCUCACAUCAAUGACCAGAUGCAAGCACACUUCUGCCAGAUGAGCAUGCAGAACACCAACGUUCUGCUCAGCCCACUUCCAGCCCUGCUGAAAAUGAAGGGACUCACAGCCAAACACAUAGACGGCUGGAAGGAAAACACCUUAGACGCUUUCCACCGCAUCAUGUCCAAAUACGCAAUACUUGAGAAGGUGAUGAACUCAGAUGUGUGUGGCUCAGUGGCAAAAGAGCUGCGGUUAGUUGUGCAGGACAAUGUUGUCAUGACAAUGGAUCCUGUAAAAGGGCAGUUGACGCUGGCGGGGAUGUCGAGAGACAUAGAAAACCUGAGAGGGAUAGUGGAUUGUAUUAUUCAGAAGGCAACGGAUCACCUUGAGCAGGAGAGGAACAGUGUUUCAGAGGAAAUGGAUUUGCCUCCUGAAAUGUUUAAACUCCUGCAACUUGAUGGCCUGUUACAGUACAUCACAGCCUCCUGCCCCCAGGUAUCCCUCGAUUACAAAUCCAGCAUCAAGAAACUGGUCCUCUCUGGCUUAAAAACUGAAGUUAUGUCCGUUAAAACCUGGGUCCUUGAGAAGAGAAUGCAGAUGAAUAAGAUGGCAGUGGAGCUUGACCGUCAUAUAGUGGACUUCCUGAGGGCAGUGGACAGCGAGGUGGUAUCUGAUCGUCUCUUCUUCUCCCAUAGAAUCCAUGCCAUUUAUGUGAUCAAGGAAGGAGCUGUGGUUUUGACUGCAAGCUCAGAAACAUCCCUGAGUGAGUCUAUGCAGAGGAUGAAAGAGACUCUCGCAUUUAGGGUUCUCACUGUGGUGGAUCAAGAGGUACUCAGAAAGUCAGAAUGGAAGACUCUGAACACUGAACUCCUUAGUUUGUACAACACAUCCAAGGAGAUCACACUGUUGAUAACUUCAAACAAACCUGACAGUCUUAUCAUUGCUGGCUUUAUUGAGCCUGUCAAGGAAGUCAGCCUGACUCUUGAAGAGUUCCUGCGAAAUCAUGAUCACAAAACAAUUGUGGACACUGUUAAGGUAAAAUGCUGUGCUGCAGCAAGGUUCAUUAAAGAGCAUAAGUCAGACGACUGGAAAAAGUUUGCCAAGGUUGGUGAGGUGGUGGUGAAAUUCCAUCCAAGACGCCAACUGAUCAACCUGUCAGGAGAGCGUAUCUAUGUUAAACCUGCUUUGGAUGCUUUUAAUAGGAUGGUGACCAGCUUGUUUAUAGAUGAACUGAAAGUCUCUAAGCCUGGAGCAAAGAAGUACUUCCAGGAACAAGGCAGCUUGCUACUAUCAAUGAUGUUAAGGGACCAUCGUUGUGUAGUUCUACUUCAGGAUGAUGAUAUGUUGGAGGACACAGAUGAUGAUGAUGAUGAUGAAGGAAGAAACAGGACAUUCUCAGUAUCCCCUGACUCUCAGCAAUGUUACUGUGAGGUACAGAUGCCUUGUGGGUUGCUCAUUGCAGUCAGCAAAUCAGAUAUCUGUGUGUUUCAAGCAGAUGCAGUGGUGAACUCUACCAACGAAGACCUGAAGCUCAUUGGGGGUUUGUCAUUGGCCAUGCUAAAUGCUGCUGGCCAUCAGCUCCAGAGAGACUGUGACAGUUACACAGCCAGGUAUGGAAAGCUUCGCCCUGGAAGUGCAAUUAUCACAGAGGCAGGACGUCUGCCCUGCAAACAUGUUGUCCAUGCUGUCGGCCCACGGUUCUCGGCGACUGACAGACAGACAGCAGUGCAACGUCUUAAAUCUGCCAUCACUGAAAGCCUGGACAAGGCCUCGGGGGCCAACUGCACUUCCAUCGCAAUCCCAGCAAUCAGUUCUGGAAUUUUUGGAUUCCCACUAGACCUCUGCACACACACCAUUGCCAAUGCUGUGCGUGACUACUUUGAGAACUGGAACCGGAAUUCCCUGAGCAAAGUCUACCUGGUCAACAAUGAUGACAAAACUGUGAAUGCGAUGGUUCAGGCUGUUGAGAAGGUAUUCCGUGACAUGAAUCCAAGAUCUGAAACUCCUCAUGCUCUGUCCCAGAGACAUACAUACAGGGGGAGAGGCAAUCGUGGGUCAAGUAAUCAGGGGGGAAGACCUGAGCGAACUAAAGGAUGGAAGAAUGAAACGUUCAAUGAUUUUGAAUCAGACAAAUAUAGAGAGGGAGAGAAGCAGUGGCAGAGCUCAUUCUCACGGUCACGUUCAGAGAGGUUGCCCACACAACCAGAUGCACCGGUAGUCUUGGGGAGCAAACUUACACCUGUCAAGAUAGUCCUGAAGAAAGAAAAAAUUCAAGAUGCAUAUUGCUUCAGGAGGGCAUUCAAAGGAGAAAGACCAAGAGAGAGCAAAAGUGAACCUCAAGGCAAGAGAACCGGUCAUGGCCAACAGAAGCAGAAACCACAACAGUCUUCAGAUACAUUUACAGACUGGUUUUCAUCUGGUGGUACUGAAAAACUGGCAUCUGCUGAUGAGGAUGUUUUUGAAAAAAUUAAGGUUACAGGCUGGUUUUCAUCUGGUGGCACUGAAGAACUGGCAUCUGCUGAUGAGGAGUUUGUCAUGGUGGGUGAAGAGUUUGCUCCCGCCAUAUUCCAAUUCUGUGGAGAGACGGCCCAGGAGGUCAACAGAGCCAAAGACUGCGUGACCAGUUGGAUCAUGAAAGAGCAGACUUCUACUCAGAUCCAGGACCCACUAAUUAGUCGUUUCACCCAGGCGGAUAGAAAUGAGCUUCAGAAUCUGCAGAAGGAACUGACUGUCAGCAUCAGGGUGGAGAGGAGGAACAUUGACUCCAUCAUCUACCUGGAGGGCUCGACUCGUGACGUGUUCAAGGUCGAAGGACGAAUCAGACAUAUGAUCCGGAGGGCAAAGAUGGCAUUGUGGUAAUUAGGUAGUUGUAAACAUUUAAAAGUACUUAAAAGCUUUUGUUGGCAACUAGUUUUGAUUACAAUAAUCUUCAUCAAGUAAUUGUGAUGACUUAUGGUAAUGUUAAGAACACACAAACAUGCCUGUCUUUCCCAGUGGCUACUCGGGUUAUUGUCAAUAAAGUUUUUCUCGGUCAGAAACCCUCUUAAAAUGUAAAAAAAAAAGGUUUUACAACUGUUCAGCUUUUAAUAGUGCCAGCCUUGCUGUUGUUGUUUGCAAGGCAAGUUUGUUGGUUGUUAGCUAGUUAGCUUCCCAGUUUUAGACAAAACACUGUGUCACAGGUGUCUUUAAGAUAAGAAAAAUAAUGUAGGAAAUACUGAAAAUUAAAUGUGGUUGGUUGCACAAUGAAGGGGAUAUUUUUAUUCUGUUCCAAUUUAAUAUAGAGAUUUCAGUCAGAUGUUGUAUUUUUUAUUAUUGUUUUUUUAACUUACUUAAUUAAAAAAUAUAAAUUUCACAACAGAUAUUUUGCAAUGCAGUUAUUGCAUUUUCAGCCCUCUUGCAUCAGCUUUUGUCAUAGCAUAAACACAUGGAUGUCUACGAAACCUAAUGCAAUGCUUAAAGUGGCAUUAUGUAGGAA